CAGGCCACUCCGGCCUCUGGCCGCGGGGCUGAGGCGUCCGGCCCGUUGCCCGUCCGCCCCCGCGGGGCCGCGCCUGGGCUCGGCGGCGCUCCGCGCCCCCGCGUUGUGCGGCCGCUCGCACUUUGCAGGCGCGGCGGGACUGGGAAUCCCGGGCGCCUGAGGCGGCCUCGCCUCCUCCUCCUGCGGAGCUGGGCUCAUGAUGGCGGCAGCCGCCGUGGCGGAGGUGAGCAGCGCCGGGAGUAGCAGCAGCGAUACCUCCAGUACCGGCGAGGAGGAGAGGAUGAGGCGCCUCUUCCAGACUUGCGACGGCGAUGGGGAUGGCUUCAUCAGCAGGAAUGACUUGCUGAUGGUGUGCCGCCAACUGAAUAUGGAGGAGUCUGUCGCGGAGAUCAUGCACCAGCUGGGAGCAGAUGAAAAUGGAAAAAUUUCCUUCCAGGAUUUUAGUCAGUGCCGCAUGGAACUGGUACAAGAAAUCAGGAAGGAGGAAGUGGAGCUUUCUGUGAUAUCGGAUGACUCUUGUAAAAAGAAAAAGUUAAGAGAUAGGAUAACUUCCUGGCCAACUAGCAGCAAUAACAGUUUAGAUUCAAGAGACCAAAGGACACAGCUUAUGGUCAAAGAUGCCAAAAUGAAAGGUGCCUUAUCAGGAGCCAGAGAAAGCUGGGAGUAUGAUUCAGGAGCAAGAGACCUUCAGAGCCCAGACCUCCAGAGUCAUUUUGUACUACAAAAUGUACUGGAGAAUGGUGGAAGCAAUGCGAGUCAACAGGCUGCUCUGCAGAGACUUCUAGCUCAGACCUCAAAUUUUAGCAGAUCUGUUGGAGGAAGCUACUUAGAACUAGCCAACACUCUUCAUUUAGCAGCCCUGGCUUCAUUAAAGGGAGACAUAGUAGAACUUAAUAAACGUCUACAACAGACAGAAAGGGAGCGUGACCUGUUGGAAAAGAAAUUGGCAAAAGCACAGUGUGAACAAUCCCACCUAAUGAGAGAGCACGAAGACGUGCAGGAGCGAACAACACUACGCUACGAGGAACGAAUCACAGAGCUGCACAGCAUCAUUGCUGAAUUAAAUAAAAAAAUUGAUCGACUACAGGGAACAACAAUAAGGGAGGAAGAUGAGUAUUCAGAGCUGCGGUCAGAGCUCAGCCAAAGCCAGCAUGAGGUUAAUGAAGACUCACGCAGCAUGGACCAGAAUUCUGUUUCAGUACCGGAGAAUCAGUCCACCGUGGUCACUGCAGAUAUGGAUAACUGUAGUGACUUGAAUUCAGAACUGCAAAGAGUGCUGACAGGUCUGGAAAGUGUUGUCUGCGGGAGGAAGAAGAGCAGCUGCAAUUUAUCGGUAGCAGAAGUGGAUAGACACAUUGAACAGCUCACUACCGCCAGCGAACACUGUGAUUUAGCCAUUAAGACUGUAGAAGAGAUUGAGGGUGUACUGGGACGUGACCUUUACCCAAACCUAUCUGAAGAGAGAUCUCGAUGGGAGAAGGAGCUGGCUGGCUUGCGGGAAGAGAAUGAGAGCCUCACAGCCAUGCUGUGUAGCAAAGAGGAGGAGCUGAACAGGACCAAGGCCACCAUGAACGCUAUUCGCGAAGAAAGAGACAGGUUGCGUCGAAGGGUUCGGGAACUGCAGACACGUUUGCAAAGCGUGCAGGCAACAGGCCCGUCCAGCCCAAGUCGUCUCACUUCUGCAAAUCGGCCCGUUAACCCCAGCACAGGAGAGCUGAGCACGAGCAGCAGCAGCAAUGAUGUUCCCAUAGCCAAGAUUGCUGAAAGAGUGAAGUUGUCAAAGACAAGAUCAGAGUCUUCAUCAUCUGAUAGACCUGUCUUAGGAUCAGAAAUCAGCAGCAUAGGGGUGUCUAGCACUGUGGCUGAACAUUUGGCACAUUCCCUCCAAGACUGCUCAAACAUCCAGGAAAUUUUCCAGACUCUUUAUUCACAUGGAUCUGCUAUCUCUGAGAGUAAAAUCCGAGAGUUUGAAGUGGAGACAGAGAGAUUAAAUAGCCGUAUUGAGCACUUGAAAUCCCAGAAUGACUUGUUGACGAUAACACUGGAAGAGUGCAAGAGCAACGCUGAGAGGAUGAGCAUGCUUGUUGGGAAGUAUGAGUCCAAUGCCACUGCCCUCAGGCUCGCACUGCAGUACAGUGAACAGUGCAUAGAAGCAUAUGAGCUGCUAUUGGCAUUGGCAGAAAGUGAGCAAAGUCUCAUUCUUGGGCAGUUUAGAGCUGCAGGUGUUGGUUCUGUUGGGGACCAGACAGGUGAUGAAAACAUCACCCAGAUGCUUAAGAGAGCUCAUGACUGCAGGAAGACGGCUGAAAAUGCAGCAAAAGCCUUGCUGAUGAAACUAGAUGGGAGCUGUGGGGGAGCCUAUGCAGUCACUGGCUGCAGCGUGCAGCCCUGGGAAAGCCUGUCAUCCAACAGCCACACGAGUACUACCAGCUCAACUGCAAGCAGUUGUGAUACAGAAUUUACAAAGGAGGAUGAGCAGCGGCUGAAGGAUUACAUCCAGCAGUUGAAAAAUGACAGGGCAGCAGUGAAACUGACAAUGCUGGAACUGGAAAGCAUCCAUAUUGAUCCCCUUAGCUAUGAUGUUAAACCUCGUGGAGACAGCCAGAGGCUAGACCUGGAAAAUGCGGUCUUGAUGCAGGAACUUAUGGCAAUGAAGGAGGAGAUGGCAGAGCUUAAGGCACAGCUUUACCUGCUAGAGAAGGAGAAGGCGGCAUUGGAAUUGAAACUGAGCACUCGAGAGGCCCAGGAGCAGGCCUACCUCAUCCAUAUUGAGCACUUGAAGUCUGAAGUGGAAGAGCAAAAAGAGCAGAGAAUGAGGUCUCUGAGCUCAACCAGCAGCGGAAGCAAAGACAAAUUGGGCAAGGAAUGCAGUGAUGGCACCGCAACACCGUUAACACUAGCUGAGCUGAGACCGUACAACGAGAGUGAACUGACUGCUGAACUGACAAGUGCACUCAGGCGGGAGAAGAAACUGAAAGCUAGAGUGCAAGAAUUAGUGAGUGCUUUGGAGAGACUCACAAAGAGCAGUGAAAUCAGACAUCAGCAAUCUGCAGAAUUUGUUAAUGACCUCAAAAGGGCAAACAGCAACUUGGUAGCAGCUUAUGAAAAAGCGAAGAAAAAACAUCAAAAUAAGCUGAAGAAGUUGGAAUCACAAAUGAUGGCCAUGGUGGAGAGACAUGAAACGCAAGUAAGGAUGCUCAAGCAAAGAAUAGCUUUACUAGAAGAAGAGAACUCUAGACCACACACCAAUGAAACUUCACUUUAAAUGCGUCUCUUUCAAAGAUGCUUAGUGCCAUUACGAAUUCAGUUCUUUUAGAGGCUGACUUCUAGGUAGCUUCAAGUGCUGAAAGCUCUGACUGUCAACGCUGACACAAACAUCUUCUCUGGGAUCCCAGAGAGGUACCAUGGGGAUAAUAUAAGCGUUAACCAAGGACUGUUUCAUAAUGUAAAAUGGCAGUGCCUGAAUUAUCAUGCUUAUAAGUAUGUACAUUGUCUAUGUCAUUGUGUCUAUAUUCAUACAAGUUUUCUUCCAUUUUAUGUAUGUCCUGUGGGUGACAGUGUCACAUAGCAAAAUAAUUCAUGUUAAGAGGUUUUAGUUUGGGUAGUUCGGAGAGACGACUUGAGAGUUUUACCAAUCCUGAGCUGCCUCUGCACACAACUCUGCAUUGUGCCCUCAAGACUUGCUGCUGUGGUUAAAUCAACUAACUAGGCAGCUGCAGAGUGGGGAUAUGAUAGACUGGCUUGCUCUUUGCACUGUACUUGCAGUACGCUCACUCACAGUGCAGAUCAGGUAGGAAAACAAACCCAAGAAAUUGUAGCUGCAUCUCUGAAACCUUGUGAUUCCAAUUCCUAACAUUCUGUGAUUCUGUAAUGGUGUAUUUCCUACAAUUUGUGAGAGGAUUAAAGGCUCUGAGUUUCACCAUGCCAGGUAGAUAGUCUGUCAAGGUUGAGUAAGAAAUCACAGGAAACCUCCUGGUUUGCAAUUAUUUUGUGAAACAAACAGUUGGGUUUUUUUGUUAAUACAUUAUAGCCAAGGUUGUCUUUAAGAAGCUGGGCCAUUUUUGUCAUGUGUAUAGUGCUUAUUACAGCUUUUUGAGAUCAAGAGGUAGAAUAUCUUUUCUUAGAUGUGUUUUGACCAAAAAAGGUACUUAUUAGGAAUGUACCUGUUUAAUAUUGAAUACACAAAACUAGAAAUGUGUAGGUGUUUGGGUAUACAGCCACAAACAGAAUGUGAAUGCUGAUGUCUUCAUACAGCUUCUAAGGUUAAUUUUUGCUACUGAAAACAUUCUCUUGUUUAAGUAAGUCACGUCAUGUCACUAUAUUACCAGUGACUAAAUUGAAAAUGCUGGCCUAUUAUGGUGAUGAACAUUAAGUAAAGCAUGGCAAUCAGGUUGAUUUCUCUAGGGAGCAAAAUACCAGAGUCUGCUGUAGCACCCAUUUCAUUUAGAAUUUUCGUCUUUUCUGACCAAGUAUGUAACACACUUUCCAUGUUAAACAAUGCCAAACUAGAGUUCAUUAACUUUGUUAGCCUGUUACUAUGCUAUGCCUCUGCUUUAUAUUUUUUCGGGCUCUGUUUUCUCCACUGAAUCUGAUUUCAGUUGUCAUCUAUCCUUUUUGCUUUACAUGUUGAGUUGCACCUCAAGUUUUAUUAGUGUAUUUAUAAUUAUGAUAACUUCUUUCAUUUAUUCUUCCAAUUUCUAGUACUAAGGGAAUAUUUUUAGAGGACUCAAACUGGUUUUGUCUGCUCUUCAGUUAGGCCAAACAGCCAAAAUAGUUGUGGGAAUCUGUACUCAGAAUGUGGCAGUACUGUUAAGUCUUGGUUACAUCUGAAACUGUAGCAGUUGCUGUUCAUGGUAUCUCUUAUUACUUUAGUGGCUGUUUUCUUCUUUCCUUAGGGUAGUAAUUCAUACUUCUCUUGAGACUGAUACAUCAGCUACAAAGCCAACAUCAUACUGACUGCAAUAGUGAGUUAAAACAACGCUAAUAUCAAAAUUAAGUUGUAGGUAGUGAUGCCCUGGGAUUUGGUUUGGUUAGUCCUCUUUCUCAAUUUGUAAUUUGUAAUCCAAACGGAAUUUUUCACAACCCAGGCUGUAGGAGGGAACAGGCACAUUGAUUUCUUACUGUCAUCAUGGUUUUGCUAAGUAUCAAAUGAUUAUGUUUCCCUUUUUGUCCAACAAGUUUCUCACCAACAACAGGAAUGUGGGGUUUUGCCAUAUGGUUCAGUGGUAGAUGAUCACACUUGUUUGUGAAGAAACACAAAGAAAAUGAUCCUCUGUGUACUGUGGCAAAAAAUGCAGUUACAGUUUUGGCUUCUUGCAUCUGAAACACCCAUGUAACUUGGGGUCAUCUCAAGCUGUCAAUGUGAAAUAGCUCUCAAAGUGUCUGGAAACCGCUGCUACACUGGAUUUUCUCUUAGGAUCAAUUUUUUUUUUUAAUUUCUUGGUAGCUAGAGAAACAGUUAAACAUAACACAAUGAAGCUUAAUGCAUUUGAAUUUAAACCUGUCUUUAAAAGAAGUAUACACAUUAAGAAAUCAUAAAAUGCACCUGGGUUUAAAAGCAUAAAAAGCUGCAGUGUCCCUCAGUGCCUUUUUCAGGCUUAAUGAUUUGCUGAUUCCACAUAAACUGAAAUGUUGUUUUACUGCAUAGCUUCCCUGCCAACUGUGCUGUAGAAGUGUUUUAGACUAAAUUAUAAAUCAUCAGUAAAUGUAAGCCACACCCCCUUUCUUCCCUGAGGACUUAUAGAUGGAAAAGGUAUUCAUACAGACUCAGCAGUAGCUGCAUUUGCCAGACCACCACUCAUUUUGCCUAAGUAAGCAACUCCUGCUUCAUUUGAUGGCAUACUGGAAAAGGGCAGUAGGGAAGUGGUGAAAGGUUUACUGCUAUUAUGAACUUGUUUGAUAUUAACAACUAGCUGCAGUUCCCAUGUACCCAUUAAAAAUGGCACCAACCCCGUGAAUAAAUGCCAAAAAAAAAACCCAACUCCUUUUAUGCAAUUGUUUGAAAUACCAGCACACUAGCCUAUAGGUGAGCAACCUAGCUCACUAACACUGGUUGUAGAAAUAAUUUGCAAACCAAGAAAAACAGUUGUUCACUCAUUAAUUACUCUUAGGGUGUUGGGUUUUGUUGUUUGUUUUUUUUUUUUAAUUUCCUAGGUCACCAGAGUGCAUGAAGCUUUCGAUUUCACAGUGUGUUCAGAAAAAAGUACGCUUUGUUUUCUAAUUAAAUGUAUCAAUCUUCACCAGCUUGAAUGUACUGUUAGCUAUUGCAAAGCACAUGUGACUAAAUUUGCAUUGUCAGUAUUGUUCUACUGGUUUUAUUAGGAUUUUCUCUUCCUUUAAUACUGUACAAUACAUUGUAAUUUUAGAAGCUUUUCACCUUACAGAAUUAGCUUUAAAUGUGCUGCUGCUUUUUAGUUUUCCUAGCUGCUGUAAAAUAGCUCUUUUGUGUUUAUUUGAUAUAGAAUUUUAAAAACUGCAUUUAUUUAUACAGAGACAUUUAUAAUACUUAUUUUACAAAUGUUCUUAUAUUCUGAAUAAAUUUCUAAUGCUGUUUCUUUGC